AUGCCCUGCGGGAGCAGAGAUGGGCAUGCAGCCUCAACAGCUCUGGUUUUCCUCCGUGCAGCGGUGCUGACGGAGCAUGGCGAUGCGGGAGUGCUGAUGGCCCAGCGAGGCGCCUGGAUUAACAUGGCCAGCAUCCCACCUGCCACAAACGCCGUCCCCAACUCGUCCUUCCUGCCCACCGCCUCCCCAAGCUGCCCAGGGUCAUCGAACAGGAGCUCGCCCGGCCUGGACGUGCCCUACUUCCUGACGGAGACCAUCACGGCGGUGCUGUCCGUCGCGGGCAACCUCUUCAUCUGCACUGUCAUCCUGCGCGACAGGAAGCUGCGCGCCGUGGUGACCAACCACUUCCUGGUCUCGCUGGCCGUGGCCGACGUCCUGGUGGGGACCGUGGCCAUCCCCUGUGCCCAGAUGGCGGACGCAGGGCUGCCGCGGGGCCAGCCGACUCUGUGCUUGCUGAUGCUCUGUACUCUGCUGAUCUUCACGCAGGCCUCGAUCUUCGGCCUGUUGGCCAUCGCAGUGGAGCGGUACAUCUCCAUCCUCAAACCCUUCCAGUAUCCGUCCCUCAUGAGCCCCCAGAACUCGCUUCUGGUCAUCCUGAGCAGCUGGGUACUGGCCACCUUCAUCGGGUUGCUCCCCCUCAUGGGCUGGCAUAAACCCUUCCCAUCCGAUGGCCAGUGCACCUUCAACGCCUUCAUCGAGGACACCUACGAGGUCUAUUUCAACUUUGUGGCCUGCAUGCUGGUGCCAUUGGCCGCCAUGCUGGUCCUCUAUAGCCGCAUCUUUCUGGAGGCCAAGCGGCAGAUCCGCAAGGUGGCUGAGCGGGAGGUGGACGUGAGCCGGCAUGCCCGGCGCCGCCGCAUCCUGCACAAGGAGCUGAGACUGGCCACCUCGCUCUUUAUUAUCCUCUUCUGCUUUGCCCUCUGCUGGCUGCCCCUCCAUGUCAUCAACACCGUCCAGCUUGUCUGCCCCAGCUGCCCCGUCCCCAGCCCACUGAUGCUGGCAACCAUCGUCCUGUCCCACGCCAACUCCGCCAUCAACCCCGUGGUGUACGUCUUCCGCAUGCGUUCCUUCCGCCAGGCCUUCACGGCCGCCUUCUCCUGCGCCUGGCACCCCCUGCCCACCUCCGCCCCGGGCAAGUUCUGCACCUCCGGACUCACGCUGUCCAAUCAGCUAGAGCUGGCCAGCCGCAACAGCCCUCUGCCAGGAAAGUGACGUGGGUCGGUGGCCCACGGGAUUGGCCCCCCCCCGGGACUCCCGGAGCCUCUUUUAUACCUAGAGGGUCACCACUGAGCUGCUGAAGUCUAGUAAGACUGUCACCGCUCCCUAGUGCGAGUAUGACAUCCCCCUUUGCGGCCUCCUGGGCUAGGGACAGGGCAGAUGGAAGAAGAACCCAGGAGUCCUGGCUCCCAGCCUCCUCACUUUAACCCACUAGACCAGCGGUUCUCAAACUGUGGGUUGCGACCCUCUUUGAAUGGGGCUCGCCAGGGCUGGCUUAGACUUGCUGGGGCCCGGGGCAGAAGCCGAAGCUCGAGGGCUCAGCCCUGGGCUGCAGGGCUCAGGUCGCAGGCCCCUUGCCCGGGGCUAAAGUCCUUGAGCUUUAGCUUUCGGCCCCCCUUCCCAGAGUGGUGGGGCUCGGGCAGGCUAGGGCUUCGCCCCCUCCCCCCGGGGUCGUGAAGUAGUUCUUGUUGUCAGAAGGGGGUCACGGUGCAGUGAAGUUUGAGAACCCCUGCACUAGACCAUGGGUGGAAGGUAUAAGAGGCCUGGGGGGGCUAAAUCUCCCCCUGAGGACACAGUGCACCUCC